GCAAAAUUGGCACUGCCACUGAACAGGGCCUUGCGCCGCGGCCUCCGGCGCGAUCUGUCGCCUGCGAGCCACCAGUGGUGACCUCGAACCACACCGGCAGCGGUGUGCCACAACAAUGGGCAGCCUCCCUAGACGAUGAACCGCGAGGAGAAGGGCCAGACGCGCGUCGAGCUGACGCUCGACUCGAACCACCAAUUGCCGGUCCCGCACGGCCUCAGCUUCCCCCUCGACCAGCGCGACAUCGAGCUCAAAGAGCUGAGACGAUUGUGCGCGACGGCGUCCGGCGAACAGAAGGCCCACCUCGAAGCCGAGAUCCGAAAGCUAGAAAAGGGCUCGGAGUCGCCGACACACCGUAACGGGCCCAAAAAGAACGCCGCGCGGCCCUGGUCCGCGCGGCCCGUGUCCAGACAACAGGGUUCGCAUGUGAUGAAAACAAUUCCGGAGUCGCGGCAGCAUGUCAGGCCGUUGUCGUCGAAGAUGCGCGGGGUGUCUGGCAUAUCAUCGUUGCUAAACGGUGAAGCCGAUCUACAGGCGCUGCAUCGCUCUAGGCCGCGGCACAGCCGCGGCGAUUUGUCGAGUGCCGCAUCGGAAGCGUCGGAAGAAUCCGUGGACCUCUUCGCGGACCAUCCUUCAGCGGACGAGGUCACGGAGCUCGAUAUCAAUCGAUUAACCGCGACGUGCUUCGAUUCCAGACACCCGCCGCGGCAUUGUGUUGAUAGAUCUCCAGAAACGUUCUUUUCAGCUUCUGGGAUGUGUCCCCAAAUUUUGUGCGUCAAAUUCAGGCGAUCCGUACAUUUACGUAGAGUCUCGGUCGUCUGCAGCGGCGUCCGGUCCAUGCGCCUGAGGUGGAAGGCGGGCGACGCGUGGCGGUCGCAGAUGCAGACGCUGUCGCGGGGCGCGCCCCACCAGGCCACGACGGAGUUCGCCUUCGAUCCUAGCAGAGAGGGCCGCAGCGAAACAAAUGAGGUGCUCGUCGAGAUUGUGGCCGCGUUCGCCGCGUUUUGUCGGGUGCGCCAUUUGGGCUUCGUCGAGGCGUCGGGGCGAAAGUCGCGGCCCUCUUUGGACUAUGACGAACCAUCCCCGGUCCACGGGCCGAAGUCGCCUCCUAGAUUAUGUCCCCCUUGAUUGUAACAUGUUAACACGAA